CUUGGUGGUACCGCCUCUGGGCCACAGCCUCAGUCAUUCCCGAGCGGAUUGUUUGUUGUCAAAAUGGAGUUCUUACUUGGCAAUCCGUACAGCACUCCUGUGGGCCAAUGUAUAGAGAGGGCCACAGAUGGAGGCCUACAGAAUGAGGACUGGACCCUCAACAUGGAGAUCUGCGAUAUCAUAAAUGAGACAGACGAGGGGCCAAAAGACGCGAUGCGGGCACUGAAGAAGAGACUCAGUGGUAACAAGAACUACAGAGAAGUGAUGCUGGCGCUGACGGUAUUGGAGACAUGUGUGAAGAACUGUGGUCACAGGUUUCAUGUCCAGGUGGCCAACAGAGAUUUUAUCGACGGUGUGUUGGUCAAAGUCAUCUCCCCUAAAUCCAAUCCUCCGACCAUCGUACAAGACAAAGUGCUGUCACUCAUACAGGCAUGGGCUGAUGCCUUCAGGAGUAGCCCUGAUCUAACUGGUGUGGUCCACAUUUAUGAGGAACUGAAGAGGAAAGGGAUUGAGUUCCCAAUGGCAGACCUGGACGCACUGUCUCCCAUUCACACACCACAGAGGGGUACACCAGAGGUGGACCCGGCCAUGAUGAAGUACCUAGCCCCCGCAUCACCUGCUGUCGGGACUCCUGCACCUUCCCCGACCCCCGACCCUGCCACACAGGUCCCCAACAUGCCCAGCCCUAUCAAAGCAACCCCUGAACAGAUCGCCCGGCUGCGUAGUGAGCUGGACAUGGAGAGGAAACCCAAAGUCAUGUCAGAGAUGCUGACAGAGAUG